AUGUCCUCAAAGGAUUUUUUCAAAGCAAGAACUAUACUGGCUUCCACAUUAGACAUCGUUGAAAAGGUCAACAACCAUCUGAUGGCUAUCAUUCCUGGAGGGGAAAAAUUAUAUCUUAGUUCAGAUUCCAUAUGUAUGGAUGAAGGGAAUAUGGAGAGUCAACUAGAUCUCUAUGGUUCUGAAUUACUGAAUAGCAUAAAUUGUUCUGGUUUGCCUCCACAUAAAUUAAUACUCAAGAUUGGUGUUCCGGUGAUGUUACUGAGAAAUAUUGACCAAUCCAGUGGUCUUUGUAAUGGUACAAGGCUACAAGUUAGGAAGCUUAGAAAUCAUGUCAUAGAAUGUGAAGUCUUAAAGGGUAACAAUGUUGGUCAUAUUGCUUUGAUUCCAAGAAUAAAUAUGGUACCAACAAAUGAAACCGUCCCAAUUGUACUUGCUCAGACCAGUUUUUAUACAUGGCCAACUAUAUGUGGCACUUUCAAGAGUUAA